AUGGGGGUGUGUGGUCUGUUGAGCUUCAUCCAAAUGAUGAGCCCCUCGAUCGGCAAGUCUAUGACUUUCCAGAGGACGACAAUGCAGGACUCGAGGACGAGCAACACUCUCCUCGUCGAUGGCAUCGCGUUCACGUAUCACUUGUUCCACCAGGCAGAUCACUCGCCAUGGUGGUCGGGGGGAGACAUGAGGAGGUUUCAGGUGACGAUCGAGGAGUUUGUAACGAGGAUGAGGGAGUUUGGCUUCGAACUGAGAUUCGUCUUCGACGGGAUGGUCGACCCUAUGAAGUACGACACUGUCAUGGACCGGUUCCGGCAGAACACUGAAAAGGUUGAGUCUUUCAUGCGGUCAGCUCAGUGGAAGUCGGUGGGUGAGAGGGACAGGGGGAAGUUUGUGCUGCCGUUCGGCGUCAUCGACUGCAUGAUGGAUGUUCUCAAGGCUCGUGGGGUCUCGUGUCGAAGAUCGCUGUAUGAGGCGGACGGGGAGCUGGCGGAAGAGUGUCUGCGAACAAGCGCGUUCGGGGUCCUCUCGAACGAUUCCGACUUCCUGUGUAUGAGAGUUCCUUUCGUGCCGCUGAACGAGAUGAUGAUGGAUGAAAAUACGUUCCAAUGUGUCAUCUAUGAUCCUGUCCAGGUGUCAAACUGUGUCGGAAUCGCUCAAGAGUGUCUUCCUAUGCUUGCUUGCAUGUGCGGAAAUGAUUUCAUCAAACGGGAAGAUUUGUUCAGUUUCCAUGAGAGUUUGGUCCCACUCUCUCGUUCCAAUCGCAACUGGAUGAUCAUCAGAGAGGUUGCAAACGUCCUCAGGUCCAUCAACACAUGGGACAUCAAGGGCGACCCGAGUCCGCAAGACGACAUGAAUCUGGUGAGAAGGAUGUUCAACGUGCUGGAGGAAGGAGAAGCGGGGCAGAAACUCCAGCUGGUCCAGUCAGUCCGUAGGAAGUACCUGGUUCAAGCAGCGCCAAAGCCUCCCUCGCAAGCAGACCCUGGAGCUGCGGAUGAGUGCUUCAGUUACCUGCAAACCAACUUCGCGCAGUCUUGUCUCCAUCAGGACAUCUUACAGAUCUUCUCACAUCAACAACUCUGGUGCAGAUUGUCAAUUGAGCAUAAUCCCCCCAACCUCCUCCACAUGGGAGCGCACCAGAGGUCUUCUCGGGUGAGGAAGCGACUUGUUUCGUUUGUGCUGGGCAAAGUGAAAGGAGAAGAAAUGAUGGACGAUGGAGAAUCGUUUGUGUUAGAGCACUGGCAGUGGGGGUCCGAAUAUAGAAGGUCAAGACUCAAGCUCGCCGAUCUUCCCUACGUCAAGACGAGCAUGCGACAGAGUUUGCGGCUGUCAGAUCAGCAGAGGCAAGAACUCUUCCUUGAACUGGUGGAGAUUCCAUCUGCGAUCAGAGAAGAUUUCAUCAAGGGAGUUGGCACACAUCAACAUUCACCAUCCCCAGCUCUCGGGCAGCAAGACUUUCUGCUUCUCGCUGCCCUCUACGUGUUCUUCAGAUCGGACAGGUCGAAGAUGCCGCAGAUGAAGUUUCGUCUCUUUUCUGCUUUGAUAGCGACUUGCUGCUUGCUGGAAGAGCACUUCAAAGAGUUGGAGAACUUGAGAUCUCAACGUCCAGAUGACGAGGGAGACGUUGCUUUCAACGUCAUGCUCACAAACUUGUCUCAAUCCUUUCUUGUCCACUUGUCAAUGAUCAAUGCGGUCAAUGACGCCCUCCAACGGCCUUUCCCCUAUCAGCAUCUCUGCCUUAUCAGCCCUUGGAUCUUGCAGGCUCUCAUGAGCGAUGGAAAAGAUAUCUUGUCAGGCAUGAAAUCUUUCGGACUUGCAGAACAGCAUGUCGAAGGGUGGUUCCAGCGCUUUCAGACCAUUUCGUCUGUCUUGAAUGUGGAGAAAUUGUGCCGGGAGGAAGAAACAAGUAAGACGACUGCAAGAGCUAAACAAGACAAGCCAAAGAGAGCAAAGAAUGAUCAUCCAAACACAACACAGAAGCCUUCGACUGGCAGCUUGACGUGA